GCCUAGCGUCAGGCGGUUACGUGAUCGUCCAGGGCCGGCGGGAAGAGUUUCAGUGUUUUCACAGCAGCGCGCUCCCGCACUGCAGCGGCUGCUGGCCCAAACGUGGGUUGGCUGUGAACCCCGCGCGAGAAGCACCGGCCACAACUUCCUGAGUUCGCUACGAGGACUGCGCGCUUCCAUCCGUCUUCUGUUCUUCGUCAGGUGUGUAAUGAGUCACAACAUGAAGCAGAAACAAGAAGGGCUCCAAGAGAACGUAAAGGUAUGUGAUGCAGUCACUUUCAGCUGUUGUGGAAAGCAGUGUAGUCCUGUUCCAAGAAGAACUCUGAAGAUGAUUCAGCCUUCUACGGCUGGAUCUCUAGUUGGAAGAGAAAAUGAGUUGGUUAAAGGCUUGUCCAAACAGAAACAUUGGAAUGACCAGUUAAUAUCUAAGACUUCCAGCUCUGGAGUUGUUACUGACCAAGAACGUAGUAAAAGUAAAACUCUUGGAGGAGUCAGCCAAGAAGCAUUUGAUCUUAUGAUCACAGAAAAUCCAUCCCCUCACUAUUGGAAAGAAGUGGCGGAAAAACGGAGGAAGGCUCUCUAUGAGGCACUUAAGGAAAAUGAGAAACUUCAUAAAGAGAUUGAACAAAAGGACAGUGAAAUUGCCCGCCUGAAGGAGGAGAAUAAGGAACUGGCAGAAGUAGCAGAACAUGUUCAGUAUAUGGCAGAGAUGAUACAGAGGCUGAGUCAUGAACCUCUGGACAACCUUGAAUCACCGUAUAGUCAGGAAUUUGAUCCUGAACAGGCAACUGCUGAGGAUUCUGAGUGAAGUAGAAGACUCAGAAAUUGGUGGUACAUGUGCUGAAGAAGUCGUCUCUUCCUCCACAGAUGUAAAACCGAGUAUAUGAAAUUCAGUAACUGCCGAAGUUUACCUCCACUGUAGUUCUUUGUAGCAGUGCAAAUAACUUUAUAAUGAAAAUUUGUUAUCAAACUUUCUUGUUUGUAUCCUGGAACCCUAUUAUUGUAUUAAAAUACAAAUACUAUGUAUUUUUAAUCUAUGGUGUUUUGUGUAAAUAGCAUUUUCUCAGUUGUCAGACAUGACAUGUGUAUAUGAUAAAUAAACUUCAUUCUGUUGA